CCUUACUCUAUCCUUCAACGUCAUCCUCACAAAUACCUAGGUACCUCGCAAGGGAGAAUAAAAUCAUCCGUACAAGAGAAAAGCUUCCAUAUCUAGAUCAUUAGAGGCACAUGUGAGGCGUGGCAUCGUUACUCCCCUCUCCUGGCAUUCUCGCUCGCACCGAGCUCUUUACCAGAUUCCCAGCCAUGGCGUCCAAGCGGAAGGCUUCUACGAUGGCCUCGGCAGCCCCCGAGGAGCCUGUAGAUCCCGCUGACGAACUCAUGUUUCUUUGCCUUGGCGGGGGCAACGAGGUUGGGAGGUCCUGUCAUAUCAUACAGUAUAAAGGCAAGACAGUCAUGCUUGAUGCGGGCCAACACCCUGCAUAUGACGGCCUCGCCGCGCUCCCAUUCUUUGACGACUUUGACCUCAGUACUGUCGAUGUUCUUCUUAUCAGCCACUUCCAUGUUGACCAUGCGGCGUCUCUCCCGUACGUGUUGGCGAAGACAAAUUUCCGGGGACGAGUCUUCAUGACACACCCGACAAAGGCCAUCUAUAAGUGGCUCAUCCAGGACAGCGUGCGAGUCGGCAACACAUCCUCGAACCCAACAUCACAGCCGGUCUAUACGGAGCAGGAUCAUCUCAACACCUUCCCCCAGAUCGAGGCUAUCGACUACCAUACGACCCAUACCAUCUCGUCCAUUCGAAUCACCCCAUACCCCGCAGGCCAUGUCCUCGGUGCAGCCAUGUUCCUCAUCGAGAUCGCAGGUCUCAAUAUCUUCUUCACGGGCGACUACUCACGGGAACAGGACAGACAUCUCGUAUCUGCCGAAGUCCCAAGAGGUGUGAAGAUCGAUGUCCUGAUCACCGAGUCUACAUAUGGCAUUGCAUCUCACGUCCCUCGGCUCGAGCGCGAGCAGGCACUUAUGAAGUCGAUUACCAGCAUCCUUAACAGGGGUGGCCGUGUCCUAAUGCCUGUCUUUGCCCUGGGCAGAGCGCAGGAACUGCUUCUCAUCCUCGACGAAUACUGGGGCAAGCACCAAGAGUUCAAAAAGAUCCCCAUAUACUAUGCCAGUAACCUCGCCAGAAAGUGCAUGCUUGUCUACCAGACAUACGUCGGGGCCAUGAACGACAACAUCAAGAGGUUAUUCCGAGAGCGCAUGGCCGAGGCUGAAGCAACGGGCGAUGUCGCUGGGAAAGGUGGCCCCUGGGACUUCAAGUAUAUCCGAUCGUUGAAGAACCUCGAUAGAUUCGACGACGUCGGCAGUUGCGUGAUGCUGGCUAGCCCCGGUAUGCUGCAGAACGGUGUUAGCCGGGAACUUCUGGAGAGGUGGGCGCCCAACGAGAAGAACGGGGUCAUCAUCACCGGCUACAGCGUCGAGGGCACCAUGGCAAAACAGAUCAUGCAGGAACCUGACCAUAUCCAGGCAGUCAUGUCGCGAAACUUGGGUGGCGCAAGACGAGCCCCUGGCGGCGACAACGAGAAAGUAUUGAUACCCCGUCGCUGCAGCGUUGCCGAGUACUCGUUCGCUGCCCAUGUGGACGGCGUGGAGAAUCGGGAGUUCAUCGAAGAGGUUGCAGCUCCAGUCGUGAUUCUUGUCCACGGAGAGCAGCACAACAUGAUGAGGCUGAAGUCCAAGCUCCUGUCACUGAAUGCGGCAAAGACCAACAAGGUCAAGGUCUACAGCCCCAGAAACUGCGAGGAACUCCGGAUUCCAUUCAAAGCCGACAAGACGGCCAAGGUUGUUGGAAAGCUUGCUUCCAUCCCUCCGCCGACCCAAACAUCGGAACGAGACAGUCGCGAACCGCAGCUCAUCACAGGGGUUCUGGUUCAGAAUGACUUCAAGAUGUCGUUGAUGGCAGCGGACGACCUCCGAGAGUACGCGGGGCUUACGACUACGACAAUAGCUUGCACGCAACGGCUUAGACUAAGCGCCGCGGGUGUUGAUCUGAUUAAAUGGGGCCUGGAAGGAACCUUUGGCAGUAUCGAAGAGCUGCCAAAGAUCAAGGCGGACCCGGACGGUCCAAAUGGCCACUCUACAGCAACCGGAGAGAACUCGGACACCUUAGUCGCGGCAUACCUUGUCAUGGGCUGUGUCACGGUUCGCUAUUUCGGCAGCGGUGAGCUCGAGCUGGAAUGGGAAGGUAACAUGCUCAAUGAUGGCAUCGCAGACGCCGUGAUGGCCGUCCUACUCAGCGUGGAGAGCAGUCCAGCUGCGGUUAAACGUUCGGCAAGUAAGCACUCAGACUCCGCCGACGUAGCCACGCUGCCCAAGCGCAACCCGCACGCAAACGCCACCGCGGAGGAGCGCCUGGAGCGACUCUUCAUGUUCCUCGAGGCGCAGUUCGGCGCCGACAACGUGGCGCCCAUCGCGGAGCCGAAGCUCGCCCCGGUGGCCAAGGAGUCGAAGGAGAAGAACACCGCGGGCGGCUCGGACGACGAUGGCUCGGACGCGUCCAUGGAGCUCUCGGACGACGACGAGGAGGAGGAACGCCAGCUGAAGGUGCGGCAGCAGGCGGAGCUCGAGAGGCUACACCGGCUCGGCAUACCCGUGCCCGGCGUCUCCAUCAAGGUGGACAAGAUGGAGGCCAAGGUCUGGCUGGAAGACCUCGAUGUGGAGUGUAACAACAGGGUCUUUGCCGACCGCGUCAGGGCGGUUGUGGAGAGAGCCGUGGAGGUGACCGCGCCUCUCUGGGGUUGACGAGUGCUGGUCUGGAAUUAUGGAUAUGGACGUCUGCGGCCUGAAUUUGGGAACAAAAUUGAAAGGCGCAAAAUUGAGAAGUGGGAGGGGCAGGGGACAGAUAGUUGUGAUGUAAUAGGUUCCCCUGGCGUAGGGAUUGAUUAUAUUCCACGUUUCACCCCAAUACAUGCAACAUGCUGAUAUCGCUCGGUGGCCAAUAUACACGAACGAGACAGGGUAGAUAGAUAUACACAUGACACCAACCAAGAACCAACCCCCUUUCCUUCUAGCCCCAUAUUAUAUAUAUGUUCUCAGAACGCCGAC